AUGGGCUUAGGCGUUGCAUUAUGGCUAUGUCCCAAAAAAAAUCUGGGGCUCCUGGACAAGUUGCUGACCCUUAUGGGUUCGUUGAAUACAGUGUUCCCCGGACUGCCGCCACGGUUCGACCCCCACAUCACCAUCUCCACCAAUUUGGCCGUUGAUUUGGACAACCCGAAAGACGAUGUCAGCAAGAUUCUAUCUCUGUGUGCGUCUGCAUUGUCCGUUCUUCCAAAGUCCCCUCAACACGAGCACUGGAUCCGCUUGGGUAGGGUGAACAGCCAGCGAAAGUACUUCCAGAAAUUAUAUUUCCAAGUGCUCGAGGAUCCCACGCUAGUCUCGUUCGCUCGUAUAGUGCAAGAGAUCUUUGUGUUAUUGCCAGCGAAAGUCGACGCUGAGCACAAGGCCAAGAACCCACACUUGUAUCAUAAGGACCACAGCGGGAAUUUAGUGAGACGAAGGCCACUGACUAAGUCGAAAAAAGCAGAGGCGCCUCAGGAAGUUGAGGUGGAUAUGAGAAAGUUGCAGCAGGAGCUGGCUCAACAGGCAGCUGAGUGGGCUGUGAGAGAGUACAUGCCACAUUUAUCUCUAGUGUACAGCGAUCUCCACCCCAUUGACAACGCCUUGUGGCACACUAUUCGCCUGCGUGUGCUGGACUACUUGGGCAUUGACAAUUGUGACCUGGACGAGUGGAAUAGGACGGGUAAUGGGAUCUCGUGGGAUGGUGGAGUCUUGAAGUUGGUCCUCUGUGAGGGUGACGUCAACGACUGGGUGGUGCUAGGGUCUGUGGAUGUAUAG